AGUAAUUCAAGUUCUCAACAAACUAUUACCAAUAUGUUACGAAGUGUUGUCCCCUAUAAAGGAACCAAAAAGCUUAGCAUUUGUCGCACUAUUGCAGAAUGGCUUAUAAUUGAUAAUCAACCAUUUGAAGUUAUUAGUGGGGAAAGAUUCCGUAGAUUUAUGCUGCAAAUUGAUCCUGCUUUUCGUUGCCCCUCUUAUAAGGCAUUAAAAAAAGAGAUUUCCUUGGCAAAUAUAAAUGCAAAAAAACAAAUAAAUGAUCUUUUAGAAAAAACAUAUACCUUACAACUAUCAGUAAACUGUGUAUUUAGAAAAAAGCAUGAACAAAUUUCCUGUAUUCAAAGUUUGGUUAAAUUUUUUGACUCUCCUAAACAAAGUCAGAGAUUAGAUACUGCCCAAAUUGAAGUAAGUAAAAAAAAAACAAAAGAAAUAUUUGAUAAUUCGUCUGAUAAAUCUAAGGAUCAUAGUAAUUCAGAAGAUGAGCAUAAUGAAACAACAAAUAACAAUAAGGCCAAUAUUAAUAAGUUACUUGAGCUAUGCUCUGCAAUCAGAUGGCUUUUAGCAACUUUGACUCUUCAAG